AAUAACGUUCUACAGAUUAGGACUCAGUACAAAUAUAUACAAUGUAUUCAAAGAUUAUCUGUCUGUCGUUGUUGGUCGCUGCUGCCAUAGCCCAGUAUGACCACGGUCAUGGUUCAGCAUAUUCCUCUCAACACUUCAUCAAACACGACGGUCAUCCAGAAAUAGUACAAGCACAUGGACACCAUGGGCAUGGACAUCAUGACUACCAUACUCACCCCCACUACACAUUCGACUACAAAGUGGAAGACCCUCACACAGGAGACAUGAAGUCUCAGCACGAGAGUAGAGACGGAGACGUGGUGAAGGGAGUCUACUCGCUGCAUCAGCCUGAUGGUUCACUGAGGACCGUGCACUAUCAUGGUGACCAUCAUACAGGUCCUAAGCGAAUUAUCUGCCUGUCGUUGUUGGUUGCUGCUGUCGUAGCCCAGUAUGGACACGGUCACGGUUCAGCUUAUUCCUCUCAACACUUCAUCAAACACGACGGUCAUCCAGAAAUAGUACAAGUACAUGGACACCAUGGGCAUGGACAUCAUGACUACCAUACUCACCCCCACUACACAUUCGACUACAAAGUGGAAGACCCUCACACAGGAGACAUGAAGUCUCAGCACGAGACUAGAGACGGAGACGUGGUGAAGGGAGUCUACUCGCUGCAUCAGCCUGAUGGUUCACUGAGGACCGUGCACUAUCAUGGUGACCACCAUACCGGGUAA